CUUGGACCUCCUUCGCCCUCUGCGAUUUUAAUGCCCAACACCGCCGCAUCCAUUCGGUGGCCCCAGCACACAGGAUUCUGACGCUUGAGAAUUUGAUGAUGAUGAUGACGACGAUGCAUUUUCCUUGAGGACAAAGAAUGGCAGCGUGCUCGCCAACUGUUUGAAGAAGCCCACAAUCGUUCCCACCCGUCUUUCGCUUGUCACCUGCGCAGUUGCCAAAACCCGUUGUUUACACGCUGUGGGAGGCUUCGUGCGUGCAUCUUGAUCCUGCUGCUUCCUCCAGGCUGUCUGUUAUCUGGUUUCUGAGCGCAUAUCUGUCGGUCGUCCAGCACGACUUACGUUCAAUCAGCUACAGUAUGAUGGAGUCAACAAGUCCCGACCCUCUGAGUCAGGGGGGAAAUCUCCAGCAGUCGGCCCCGACAGAUGACGGCCGACCUUCACCAGUCCCCAUCCCGAGGGCAUCACUUCACAGGACCGACUCAGGCCAGUCCUCGAGCAAGGCGUCCCUGCUCUCGCACCAGUCAGUGCCCGUCACCGGCACCUUUCCCCUCGGCUCUCUCAGGGUCCACCAGGCCAUGGACUCCCCCAGGCCGCGGCCACAGCCAGAACCGCCCCGGCCUCAGGAACACGCCGACCCCGACCCGUCCUGCGACGAGAUGCCCCCCCUGGACGACGGCCCCGGCGCAGCCCUCGACGGGGACGUAUUCCUCAUCCUCGACCUGCCCCCGAACUCGACCGUGGGCUGCGACGCCAGGGCCAUCAACACCGGCGCCUCCGGGUUCAAGGGCAUCCGCGACAUCCCGCCCGGCCCGCACUUCGUCUGGGUGUCGGAGCCCGGCGCCCUGUCGCGGUGCGGGUACUGGUUCGUCGCCCAGCCGGGCAGGCCGCGCGUGCGCGUCAAGCAGUGGGACAAGUACAACGAGGUCCUCGCCGAGCCCGCGAGCCGCUUCGAGCUGCGCGACCACAGGGACAACGUCGCCAGCCUGUACCCGCAGCUCGUCUCGCUCGGGCACGGCGGCGUGGGCGACGACGAUGAGACGCAGGAGCUGUGGGGCCGCCUGACCUCGGGCGUCAGCGAGGCGCUGCUCGCCCGCGUCACGCGGAGGGCCGGCGCGAGCGAGUGGCUCGUGGCGACCUCGGACACGGCGCAGGGCGAGUCCGGCUUCCCGCAGGCGACGACGCAGCUGUACAAGGCCGUCGUCGGCCCGAGUGAGCUGCAGUUCCUCUUCCCGGAGGGCGAUGUCGACCUCGCGGCGGCGGCGGCGGCGGCGGAGCACGACCGAGACCGGCAGGCCGACAAGGUCACGAUAGACACAUCAGCCGAGAUCCUCCGCCUCGUCGACACCCCCGGCACGGGCGCCACCGAGGCCGACGUCCUCGGCGAGCUGCAGCUGACCUUCCUGACCGGCCUGCACCUGACGAACCUGUCGUGCGUCGACCAGUGGUGGCACCUGGUCCUCAAGGUCGUCCUGCGCGCGCACCGCCUCGCCCUGUCGCGCCCGCGCCUCGCCGCCGGCCUGCUCCGCGCGCUACACGCGCAGCUGGCCUACGACGAGAGGUACGUCUCGGCCGAGGGCGAGGGCGGCGGCGACCCCGGGGACCAGGGCGCGGGCAUCCUGGACAUGGUCCCCGGGAACAAGCGCAAGCUGCGCCGCGCCCUGGCGCUGUACCGCCGCAGGCUGGACGAGCUGCUGCUGGACCUGCCGCGCGGCCGGGCCACCGCCGACCAGGGGCUGGUGGGCAAGGCGUUUGGGGAGCUGGAGGCGUGGUUCUGGAAGUUUGGGUGGGACCUGAGGACGGGCGGUGGCGAUGGCGAUGGCGGAGCACGGGAGACGACGAGGCGAUCCGUCCGCGGCCCAGGUGGUAUCAUUGGUCCGGACGGCGAAGACGAUAAUGAUGAUGACGAUGACGAUGACGAUUACAAGCCUGUUAUUGUUGAUCUGGACGCUGAUGGGCGGGAGGUCGGGCUGGUCUCGUUCAGCUGAGGCCGUUGCUGGAGCACAUGUGGGUUUUGGGCAGGCAGUCUGGGUCCAGCCCUUGGUUUCUGAGGCAUGCAGGCAGGAGUCAUUCACGUGUCAUACAGGAGUAUCGUUUCUCUAUGGGUCUCAGUAACAGACUGAAAUAAUUUGAUGCGCAGGUACUCGCGCAUAGGGCACGGUGAUCCCUAGACUCCCGGGCGAACAUCGUGAAGGCAUCGUGUACUGGCUCUGCUCGUAUAUCCGCCACGAUAUCCAUCUUGCGACAUCCUAUGGGAUGACCUCCUAUGGGAUAACCUCCUCAGGGUUGAUACCGUCUUGGACAAGCCACAGGGGGCUCUCUCUGGUAUGCACCAUGCAGCGUCUUGCAGGUGGACCUAGGUAGUGUGGUGUUGGGGUAGUAGUACUAUAUACGACAUGCAUUGGUUGAUACCUCACACUA